AAUACUCUGUUUGUGAUGAGUUUAGACCCGGGCACAAACCAUCUUCCUAUAGGGUGAGGAUUGAGGAAAGCUUUAGCCAAGCCGUAUAUUCUUGAAAAUCCGUUAACAUAUCACCACCAACCGUUAACACCCCCAUAUGUCUGCCUUCAUUCCCAUUCCUAUUUUCACACUCUCAUUCCCUCCUUUAAUUCUUUACAACCAAACACCCCCAAAAAUCUUUAUUUCAAACCCUAAUAAUAAAUUCAAAACAAAUUCUACCAGAGUUGUUUCUUGUUCAUCGUUUUCUCAGUCUCAAGAAACCCUAGCUCCUUUACAGGUUGAACAUUCUGUAAAUAGUAAUACUAGUGGUAAAAAAUGGGAAGGUUUCCGGAAAAGGAAGGUGUUAAUGCGUGUCGGCUAUGCCGGUUAUCUCGAUUACCGAGCAAUAGAGAAAGAGUUGGAAAUAGCCAUUUACAGAGCGGGUGGAAUUCGUGACAGUAACUUUGGAGAUUUGAAAAAGAUAACUUGGGCCACGAGUAGCCAAAUAGAUGAUGAAGUUCAUUCUUUAUCAACCAUGAUAUCGUUUAAAUUGGAAAUACCUGAGAAUGCUUGGAUUGAUGACCCAAAUGGGAUAGCACUUGUGGAUAUUGUCAAUACGUAUCUUCCUAUAAAUAUUAAAGUUUUCAGCAUUCUACCUUCACAAAAGAGUUUUAAUGCUAAAGAAGAAUGUAAUAUGCGGAAAUAUGGUUACCUCCUUCCUUUGGAAGUCAUUGGGAUCACUAGUAACUUCAAUGAAGCUGAAAUAGAACACCACUUAUCAGUCUUCAAUGAUAUACUUUGUUUUUUUGAGGGAAAACAUCCUUUCCAUAACUAUACAAUCCCAUCCGAGUAUCAUGCACAACAGUCUCCUGACAAUGAGAUUGAUGAAAGUAAUGGAGAAGAAUCAGUGGAACCGGAGUAUGGUGAAUGUGAUGGAGAAGAAGUUCACAGGACAUAUGAAAUGGUCAUGGAAUACCUCAAUGAAGAAAGCACCUCAUUAAGAUGCACCGACUCCGAUAAAAAUCUAGUUGACGAAUCUGAUGCAAAUAACGAUAGUUUAAAUGAUUUGAUAAUCUUCGCAAAAUGGUUGCAUGAACCUGAUGAGAAUGACCGCAUAACUGAUAUCCAUUUCAGAAGAAUUUUCCAGUGUUCAUGUGGAAAGCCGAAACAUUCGAAUGGAGUAAGUUAUGUUGAGAUCUCUAUAUGUGGGGAGUCUUUCAUGCCAUAUCAAAUCCGCAAAAUGGUGGGAUCAGCAGUGGCAGCGAAGCGUGGACUACUCCCAAGAGAUGUAAUUCCCCUAUCACUUAACAAAUUUACACGUUUUGUCCUGCCUGCUGCUCCAUCUGAAAUGUUAUUUUUAAGAUGGAACCAUUUCAUUUUGGAAAAGGAGUCUGGAAAAUCUAUAAGGCCUGAAAUUCUGGCAGCAGUUGAAUCAGAAGAAAUACUAAAGGAUGUUGAAGAUUUCUAUGAAUUAAUCAUGUUGCCUCAGCUUUCAGAAUUUUUGGACCCUUUGAAAUCUCCUUGGAAGGAGUGGGUCGAGUUAUUAGAUGAAAACACGAGAAUUCCAGAUUCUCAGUUGGGUGAAGUCAGGAAUGCAUGGGUUACAUGGGAGGAAAAUUUCUGGGUCAAGACUGAUGCUGCGUUAUACUAUUCUGGUUGAGAAAAACAUAACCAAUAGAAAUGUGUUGAAAGUGCCACCUCCAUGAAACACCAAUCUAAGAUUAGGGGAUCUGAUGGGUUCUAAUGGAAAAGACACGGAUGUUGCUUUUAUCCCAAGGUUCAUCAACUAUGCAACUGUUCACUUCAGCUCUGCUUAAAUUAUGAAUGUUGCUUGAUAUGUAAGUUGGAAAUGUGGAAAUACAUGAAUAUGUCCAAAUGCCAUAAAGUUAAGGUGAUGAAUCUGACAAUCUGUUGUGUAGUCGUGUAGAGUUACGACUAAAAUUUUUAUUUCUCAAAACACCCCAACCAACAGCAAAAGUUUUGGUGGGUUGUACAUGAGGUUCAUGUGUUUAUAACAUGUUCAUUUAUCUACUUCGAAAAGAACUAUGAGGAUUAGUUUUGUUGGGUUUUUUUAUUUAAUAUCUGUAAAUAUUAUUCUUUUAUCAAAAUCCAUUAAUGUGCAUUAAGUACAUUAUUUUUGUUACUCA